CUUGACGAGUGACCUGUUUUUGGUAGCGAGAUCCGAUCGGCUAAUUUUGUAAAUAUCUCCUCUACUGAUCUGAUUUGUAGCCUGCGAUAGCUCGCGCGGCGAUUGGCCAGCCUGAGGAAUAAACGUCAGUAAACGCAGUACCGUCAUGGCGACGCUGCCGCCGCGGAAAAAUCCAACUCCUACGAAAAUUUCGAAACAGCAUUUGACACCGUUGCAAACGCUCCUGCAGUUGGGUUUCCCGAAACACCGGGCGGAAAGGGCAUUAGCUGCAACAGGAUAUCGUGGUGUGCAAUUAGCAUCAGAUUGGCUACUAGCGCAUGUGAGGGAUCCAACUUUGGAUUCUGAUACCCAGCGACAGUAUGUUCUGUAUGCUUGUCCAACGGGAUUGUUAGCUGAACAGCUUGAACAGUUUUGGUCAGAAAGUAAAUUUCUAGGAUGGAACGGUGCUCAUAGCUUUAUACCACACAUUACUCUUGUCUCCUUCUUCAGUGCUCCUGACGAGUUCACAGAAGAAUUAGUAAAUGCUCUUGAGAGUGUGAUUCAUCAGGAUGAAUUACAUGAACGUAUUGAACUGGAGACAUAUAUAUCGCCUAAUUUUAUGGGCCUUUUUGUCAAGGAUAUAAAUGCGGAAGGAUUGAAGAACAUUGCUGUUCGCUAUGUCAAUAAAAUUACCGCUCUAGGUAUCACUGCCGAACCGCAAAUAAAGUCUCUGCAUCUUACACUGGCUUACCAGUUUCCCAGCAAUUUAUUUUCACCACUUGGCUUGAUGGUUGAGAAACUAAAACCGAUCGCGCCGGCCAACUGGGAGCUUAGAUUAUACUCGAGGGAUUCGAGAUUGCAGAAUUUGCAUGUACACAAAGUGACGCAUGCUCAUGUGCCCCGGGAACACGAUGAAUUAGAAUUAAGAGUAGGUGAUUACAUUUACGUUCCAGAAGGAGCGUGUGGCGCGUCCACGGAUGGUUGGGUAGAAGGUAUCUCUUGGUUAACCGGGAUAUCUGGUCAUUUACCAUUGAAUCACACCAAGAGGACUGCAGAAUCGGACUCGUGGACAUUGCACACUACUGUGUCGAUCACCGACAAUAAACGCGAAAGCCCGGAAGAAGAGGAGAUCCCGAAAGUCAGAAGACCACCGCCGGUUUUGUCCCCGAGCGAUUCCGUCGAUACACCUGAUGGGAUUCCCAUCGCCGAUGAGCCAAUGGCAGCAUCAGAAGCACCUCAAACACCAUCUAGAGAGAUCUUCAUAUGUCGGCAUGGCGAGAGAGUAGACUUCACUUUCGGCACAUGGAUCCCAUAUUGCUUCGAAUCAAGUGGCUGCUAUGUGCGUCGUGACUUGAAUAUGCCCAAGGAAAUACCGUCCAGGAAUAUCCAAGACUUUCAAAACGACAGUCCGUUAACCACUGUAGGCGAGAUGCAGGCGAGUUUGGUAGGCGAAGCCAUGAAAUCGUCGAGUAUUAAGAUAGACGUGGCCUUCACGUCACCAUCAUUGCGUUGCGUUCAAACGCUCACCCAUAUUCUAAAGGGAUUAGAGUCUGAUAUUCCGAUCAAAGUAGAGCCAGGUCUAAUAGAAUGGUUGGCAUGGUAUCCGAAUGGUAUACCUGUCUGGAUGACUUCUGAGGAAUUGAUAAAAGCGGGUUUCAAUGUAGAUCCCGAUUAUAAUCCGAUCAUAAAGGCUAAGGAACUCCCUCCAAAAGAGAACGCCGCGCAGUAUUACGAACGUAGUUACGAGCUAAUUAAAAAAAUAAUAAAAAGUACUGUUGGUAAUAUUUUAAUAGUGGCACAUGCAGCUUCCCUGGCAGCUUGCACCAGACAAUUGACCGGUGGUAAAAUACCCUCUGCAGCUGAAGUAACUAGAUUAGUCCAAAGGGUACCUUAUCUGGCGUGCUUGACCGCGCGUCAAGGUAUCGAUGGCUGGCAGCUCCAUCCUCCUCCCUUUCCACCAAUUACUCAUACUAGUAAUAGCAGAUUCGAUUGGAAGGUUCUAAUGUAAUAAUGUUGCAAGGUUUUCUAAUGUAAUAAUGUUUAGCUUUUGUUGGGGGAGAUAUUUUACACAAAACUUAUAUGAAAGACUGUUAUAAUACAAUGAAUUUUUAUGCAGGGCUGUAUCCAAUGUCAGUAACAUUGAAACAACAGUAUUCAACGAAUCAAAAAAAAUUCUAGAAGGAUAUAUAUUUGACUAUAAAAUAUGACUAAAAAAAGAGGAGAAAAGACCCCCAGUGGACUCGCAUGACGAUUAAAAAUAUACAAAAAUAUUUAUUUCCUCAGAAUGAUAUACGGGUAUAGAUUUAUUCCUGAUGGUUAUAUAGAAUACAAAUACUAGCCAAAAUGUUAUUAUUGGUAUAUCAUAUUAUAUACCAAUUUCUGCUAAAUAUUUAAUAUAUAUAUGACAUACUAGUCUUGAUUGGACACAUUUUCUUGCCGAAUCUUGGAUAAGGCACUAAAUAAAUAAUUAAAAAGUGAUUUAAUAUUUUAAAAUAAGCUAUUUUCUGAUUAAUAUUCAUAUAACUUCAUAUUUCUCUCUGACAUAAUACAAUACAUUAAAGUAGAAGUACAGAGAAGUCAAUAAGAUACAAUAUGUGCAUAUUAUUCGUGAUUUUCGAUAGAGAAAUAUUUCCACACGAGCUUUAUCAACAUUUCUUGAAAAUUUUAAAAUUAUGACAUGUCAAUUAAGUGACAUUAAAUCUAAUUUAAUGAUAUUUGCAUUGCAUCAAAGUAAAUUGAAGCAUAAAAUAAUAAUAUAUUUAUAGCUCGUUAUUGAUGUUACCUUUUACAAAGAAGGAAAAUGAUUUAUAUAUGUG